UGGGCCUCGAAUUAUUGUUAAGAAAAUCAAAUACUUAACAGACUACAAAUAUGUAAAUAAAAAAAACAGAGAGUCUCACAAUAACAUUCCACCAAUACUUGACGUAUUUCCUUCAAACUUGAUGCAAAGAACUAUUGAUCUUGAAUAAUACAAGUCGAUUAGCCGUAAGCUUUAUCUUCUGAAAAGUGACUAAGUCCAUUUGUAAUAUUGAAAAGUGAAAUAUUACAAUUGUUUUUGCACAUAAGUUUACAAGGACAAAUUGAGAGGUAACAGUUUUGGCGUCUAAUCAAUCUCGAGUGAGUCAGAGUUAGAUCCUUCACCAGAUCAUCAAAUUUACAAUAAGCUAAAAGUCGGUGACCGUUCAAUCGCUUCAGAAGCAUCAAACUAGUCGAAAACAAUGUCUUCUUUCUUGGGAAAAUGGAAACUUAGCGAGUCACACAACUUCGAUGCUGUCAUGUCAAAGCUAGGUGUCUCAUGGGCAACUCGACAGAUUGGGAACACAGUGACACCGACUGUAACCUUCACAAUGGAUGGGGAUAAAAUGACCAUGUUAACAGAGUCAACUUUCAAGAAUCUUUCUUGUACUUUCAAGUUCGGCGAGGAAUUCGAAGAAAAAACAAGUGAUGGCAGAAACGUCAAGUCAGUUGUCGAAAAAAAUUCCGAGUCGAAGUUAACGCAAACUCAAGUAGAUCCCAAAAACACAACUGUAAUCGUUCGUGAAGUGGAUGGUGAUACUAUGAAAACGACUGUGACUGUUGGUGACGUUACUGCCAUUCGCAAUUAUAAACGACUACCCUAACGCCUUCAAAUGAACACUGAUAUUUGCUUGGGGUGUUUUUUGUAACUGCUUGUAUUUCUACUAUUUUUGUUACAUUUAUGAUAAUCACCGGUGGAUAAAUUUUGCUACGCAUGUAUCAUCCUAUAUUAAUUAAUCAUUCCCGCAUUUCAAUAAACACUGCUUAUUGUUGUA